AAUGCCAAAUUUCAAAAAAAAAAUCAAAUAUUUUUCUUAUUUUAGAAUGAAUAUAUCUUAAAAUAAGAAAUCUAAAUAAGAAUUUUUUUGUAAAUUAAUAUCACUAUAAAUAUAAAAUUUUAAAGUCUCAACUUUAUUAAUUUAUAAAGGUUCUACUGUAUAUAUACAUACCACUAACCUACAUAUUUAUGCAUGUAUUAUAAACACAAAAGAAAACCCUACAACUUGCAGUCUACAAGUCAAAAAGUCAGAUCGACCUCAGCCAAUGGGCUUGCACUCAAAACGUAGACAUGGGUUAUUGGUGGACACCUAUAUAUGAAUUAUUUGGUAUCUAAGUUUCUUCAUUUGAUGUUUCAGUUUCAGGAGUUUCACUUGAAGACGACUUUGAAGAGUGGAACUUCCUGGGUUCAUGUUAUUUUUGGCUGCAUUCACGCUGUCGUCAUCUCUUGGAAAAAGUUUUAACACAACAUACAUACAUCUAUGUAGAGAUGAUAUAUACACUCAACCACACGGAUGUGUACAUACGUUUUGUAUUUUUUAACAAAAACUAAUUUAGCUAAGUCAAAUCUUGUUCAAAUUAUACCAUACUUCUCUAACUUCAUAGACCAGUAGACAGUGGCGUGCUUAGGUUCAGAGGGGUCCAAGGCAAAAUUACAAUGACAACAUUUCUAAUUUUAAAAACUCCAAAAAAAAAAAAGAGAUUAACCUCACAAGUAUCGAACCUAGCACAUGUUCCAUCUAAAUCACACACCCAGCCACUAAACUACAUGGAACAAUCAGAAAUUUGGGACCCCUUGUAUUUAUCAGGGGUCUAAAGCAAAAGCCUUUUUUCUUACACUAUAGGCACGGCUCUGCCAGUAGAAGAUGUAAUACUGAUAGGAAAAAUGAUGGCUUUAUAUAUUUCUUCGUUCUUAUUGGUUGUACAUUUUGACCAUUGCAAACUUUUUGCUGGCUCUUACAAUUCAUCGGAAUAAGAAUAUUCAAAUCAGGACAGUAAAUUAUCAUACGUAUAUUGUAUAUACAUAAUCUUUGCUUAUCAUUGACCUCACAUAUGUUACCAAUAGAUUAAUGCAUAUAUGUAUGUUUGGUGUGUCAACAGCUCAAAGUUGGUAAUGCAUAAAAAGUGUACAUAUAACUAUAUAGUUCAUAGACCUCGUUAGUUGUUCACUGUUAAAGAACAGUGGAAAUUUCCAAAUUAGUACAGGAUUAGUUAGUCAUGUGAAUAGUUUCACUUGUUACUUUUGUGUUCUUAUAAUUUAUAAAAUUCAUAUUACGAUUUUGUCUAACUAUUCAUACACGCAAUCCACACAUACUUCUAUGUGCCCUGGUCCUUUCGAAUCAUAUUUAUAUUUGAGUUUGUGAAAGAUAAAGGAUAUAUAAACUUUAGUAUUUCCAACUUUCCAUUAAAAGAAAAAAGAAGAAAAGGAAAAACUGAGUGUAAGCAUGGAUGCUAAUUUAGUGGUUUAGAAAUGUAGUGAUUAAUAUAUCUCCACGUAUCAAACUUAAUUAUUUAAUAUUCUAGUGUUUAGGUGGCAUCUUUUUAACUUUUCCCUAAAUCUUGUAAAUAUAACAUAAAAAUUAGCCCUGUCGGAAAAUGAAAAACAAAAAGCAAGCAGAUGACAUAAAAAAUAAUUUCGUAAUAUUAUAAAAGAGAAAGAUGGAGAAAAGGGAGUGGGGGAGUAAAUUAAAUAGUUUCCAAAGUUUUGAGAAAGUGGCAUGUAUAGGAUAUAAAAUGCAAAAUGUGGUUACCAUCCCAUUGCUAAUAAAAAAUGUGUUUGGAUUAAAUUAUUGUUAACAAUAUCAUGCAUAGCUAUCAUAAACUUUUUCGUUACAAAUUCUGCGUAAUCACCCGCUUCCACAUGCAUCAAUAUAUUUAAGUACACUUUAAAAAGAAUUGAAUUUCAUAUCUUAUAAAAACUAUAAACUCGAAUAACUGAAAAGGUGGAAAAGAUUCACCCUAAAACGGAGUGUAACAUAGAUUAAGGACAUAAUCCUAAUCAGGCUCAUUCUCCCGAGUCUUCUUUCGUCUCUUAAACCACAAUAUGAAACCAUUUUUGACAUCAGUGGCGAACGAUCAUAGAACAUAUAUUUGACACAUUUUUUUUUUUUGAACUAUAAAAAAAAUAUUCUUAGAAAUAUGAAAAAGAACAAAUGAAUGUUACAAAACCAAGAGGGUAAAAUCUUAGGAUCCCGCCAAACCAGGACCCGCUUUCCCAUUUACUCUUUGGUAACUGACUGAAAUGACAACCCAGUCUUUUACCAACUACCCACCUGCUCUUUGUUUAAAAUAAAAAAAAAUACAUAUAUUUUUCUCAGAUUAUACUCUUAUAAUUUAUUUUUUACUCUUAUAAUUUCCGUUUAGACAAGUAACAUGUAUUGUGUGAAUGAUAAUGUAACAUUCUAGUUUGUGAUAUAUAAAAUUUUUAAAUGAAUUAAUUUAGUAAUAUAUGUCAACAAUGUGUAUUUAUUUUUUCGAUUAUUCAUCGAAUUUUUUUUAAAAGUUAAAUAUGUUUUAGUUAGAAUAGUGGAAAUAUAGAUAACAUAUCAGAAAGUGAUUCACGAUAUCGUGUGAAUGAGAUCAAAACACAGAAAAUGUCAUAUGCAAUAAUUGCAAAAUCAGUAUACAAAACAUUGAAGCCUUUAUAAAAAAUAAUGCACUAUCCGUUAUAUGAAACUGGAUCAAGCGAGCAAAUAUAUGGAAUUCAUUAAUCGUAAACAGUCGAAGCGUUACAUAUAAAAAAAGGUCUCACUUUAGAAAAAUAUACAAAUUUUUAGAUUUAAAACCUCUUAGUUAUUUAAAAUAAUAAACAACUUAUAAGCUAUAAAUGCACUAAUGUCCUACCAAAAUAGUUAGUUGUAGUUUUAUAAGGGAACUAUUAAAUAAAAAACUUUACAGUGCCGUUAAAUAACAACGUAAUCUCCGGCAAAACAAAAGAUAUUAAACCUCUAACUAUGAAUUUUUUUUGCUAUGUGCAACAAAAUGAAUAUUAUAUUUUAAGGUCCUUGAGAAAUGUAGGAUUAUAGUUUAGUGAUAUGUAUAGUGUUAAAUCUGUCAACCGGUAUCUUAGUGCCCAACACCAAACGUGAACAUCUUAUCAGACUCUCGGAAAUCCCCAAAAGUAUUUUUUCAUGAAACUAAAAUACGAUAGUAGUGCUAAGAUUUAAGAAAACUAUCAUUAGAGCUGAUAAAUUAGGCAUUCGCAUUUUACCCAAACCGACACCGAUCCAAAAAUACAGGUUAAGCUCCGGAACCGAGUCCAUGUUAAAGUACAUGUUGGAUCUUUUUUCUGUGGAUCCGCGGAUCUCGGAUCGGGGUCCAGGUCCGGGUCCUAUCCGAAACACGAUCGAAUAUCCGAAAUAUCCACAAAUUAUUGUAUAUAUUAAGUAUAUUAGGAUGAUUGGGUAUAUUUUUGGUACUUCAUAUAGUAUUUUUUAAAGUUUCGGGUUUUCGGAUAUAAUUUUAGGUUUGAGUAAAAUUUUAGAUUUUCAGAAAAUAUAACUCGGGCAUUUGGGUAAAAUUUUAGGUAUCUUUUAGGUUUUCGGGUCUGAUUUUGUAUAAUUUUGAGUAUUUUAGGUAUUUUUGUGGUUUUUCGGGUAUUUUUAGGAUUUUUGGGUAUUUUUUGAGUUUCCAUGUCUAAUUUGUGUAUUUUGGGUUUUUUCAGGUUUUAAAUACUCGAACCGACCCGAAUCCGAUAUAUACCCGAAAAUUAUGGGUAUUUUACGGCUAUUAGAAUUAUAGAUCUGAACUGGAUCUGAUAAAAUCUGAUCUGAAACCGCUCGAAAAAUUAUAGAUAUCUAUAUAGGUCUAAAUUCCAGGAUCCGACAAGAUCCGAUCCGAGAAUCCGGAUGCCCAAGCCUAAGCUGAUUUAAUCAUUCUGUUUAAUGAUAAAAAUAAGUAUAUAUGACAACCAUUUAAUGUCUAUAUAAAACAGGACACACGGGUAGUAAUAGACCACUGAAUGUUAUGAUAUCAUGAAUGAUUUACCCAAGACGAGUGGAAACCUAUAACUCAAGACUUAUGCUUUUAAAAAAAAAAAAUCAAGACUUACGCAAAUAAGGCCAAUCACGGCGAUGAUGUAUUUCAAACUUUUGCCUAUAUCUACAUAAAUGUAAUGUGGCAUAAAACACAAAUGUAAUAUGUUGAUAAUAAUGUCCGAAAUAAAUAAAUAAAACAAAAAGCCCAAGAAAUAAAAGAUUUUGAUGUGCAUAAUAAUCAUUUUCAGUAGUGUUAAAAAGGAAAAAAACAUUGUAAGUGUAUACAAAAACCUACAUUUUGAUGUAAAGAAAAAAGGAAAAUGUAGAAAUUGAAAAGAAGAGAGAGACUGAAAAGACAAGUCAAACGUCAAAUCGAACCACUUCCUUAUCAUACGACUGUCAGUGCCCUUCUGUGUUGUCAUUCUAUUCUCUUAUUUUCCCUCACUUUCUUUUACCGUAAAUUACCAAACAAAGAGAGAAAUAGUAAUUAUUCAAAUAUUUUGCUUCAAAAUAAAAGUGAAUGAGAAGAGAUAAAAUAUCUUUUUGCUCGUGCGCUUCUGAGCACACGAGGUGGAUAUACAUCGAGAAAUAGUUCGUACAAGAUAAAAUAAUUGUCGAAAAAUUUAUUCAAUCAUCUCUUCAAAUUUUUUGUUUUUUGAUAAAGGGUUAAAAAAUGAUUAUAAAUAAUAAACCUAACAAAAUAAUCUUUAUAAUUAAGGUCAAUAUUAUUAGCAAUAUUUUCGAACAACAUAUUAUUAGCAAUAAUAUAAUACAUUUCCUAUGAGAAAAAUGUUAUAGGAGAUAUACAAUUAAGUUAUAUAUGAAAAUUAGCAGUUGGAUUAGAUGAAAAUUUUGUUGUUGUAGUAAUAAUAAAAGAAGUAAACCCCCACAACCGGACCCUACGAUCCGGCCGACACGCUUCUCUAUGUCCAUUCUCCACCCUCUCCCAUCCAUUUCUAAUAUAUUUUGGAAAAAAAAAUUUGUUAAAAAUUGAAUAUAAUUUUAAUUGGUACAACUUGUAAAAUACAGGAUUCUCAACUGGUGAAUAUAUAUGAGUUCGGACUUCGGACCACGACUGCACCAUUAUCAGAGCCACGUCUUGCCUUCUGUGGUUGGACGUUUCCACCUGAUUGAUUUGAUUCAUGAUAUUUCACACGAACAAUAAAUAGCCAGCCUUCUUUUACUUCUACGAUUACUAGUAGUAGUAUUUUCAUUAGAGUACCGUGCGUAGUGCGUACACAACCGGUAAAACAAAAAAACAAUAAUAGUUUUCUUCAUAAUUUUUCUUGCCAAGUUAAUUAUUUGCUCUGAGGAUAUGACAAAAGGUGUUGCUAAUCGGAUGGUGAAAUUUAGGGUGGUUAUGUUAAUUGUACAUUUUAAAAUAUAUUCAUAUAUGAUGAUAUAAUUUUCGAAAAUACUAAUAUUUCAAUUACAAAAAUACUAAUAUUUAAGACAAAAUAAUAAUACAAACAAAAAAUAUCACAGAUUUAGUAAAUUAGUAAAAAAAUUACAGUUACAAAAAUAAUCCAUUACAUAAUUUUAUUAUAGACUGUUGAAUAGUAUGAAAUUAUAUUUAAUCAAAAGAGUGUUUUACAUCAAAAACGGUUUUUAGAAGUUGAUUAAAGAUCAAAAGAAUUAUAAAUGAAAGAUGAUGCUAACAAUUUUGUUCUAGUGUCCAACAAAACCGAGAGACCAUAAUUCUACCAAUCUAAUAAAUGCGAUAAAUUGUUCCUUUUUUUUUGUUACACGAAUUGUUCAAAAAUGGCUUUUCCAUAGAGAUCAUUCUCAUUUUACAUAAUAAGAAAAUAAAAACGUAGAGAGGGAAAGUGAGGAUUGGUCCAACGGUCAAAUAGAAAACCAUCAAAUCAGAUUUCGCUACAGUUAGAAAAUUUAUUUCCUUCUGUUUUUUAACUUAAUUAGGUCUAUGUUCUUAUCACUCACCUAGUCACCUUCCUCUCAUUUUUACCAUUUUAUCAUGCACACAUAUUUACAUACAUAUACAUGGUAAUGCAUCCAUGGUGUUGCUCAGGCUUUCACAUGUUAUGUAUCAAGCCAAAAAGACAAUUGCUGAGGAUCUUGGUUUUAUUGUAUUAUCCUAUUCUCAAUAUAUACUUCUUGUUUUGGAAAUUUAAAUGUUUUUAACAAUUUAGUAGGAUUAUGAUUAGUCAGAUGCUAAUGAUGUUUAGUCUAAUAUAUUAUACUAGUUUCCCGAUUCUUUUCAAUUCCAUUAUUAGAUUUGGCCCACCCUGUAUUCUCUUUUCCUCUUAAUAAUUAUUUUCCUCUUUUGGUAACCAAAUCACUAAAUUUCUGUUUUUCUAUUAACUAAACGCUUUUAUCAAGAUAAAACAGUUAAUAUUCUUUUACCAUCGCAGUUUAAAUAUCUGAGCCGCCCGGUUCAUCCCAUUCAAAUCUCUUAUUUUUUCUCAGGCAAAAAAAUAUCUAAAACCACAAAGAUAAUAAAGAAUCAUUCCCUAUUCUCUCUCUUUCUAUCAGAAGCUAGCAAGAAGCUUCAAAGGAUGAAAGCUUAAGCUUUUCUCCCCGGAAAUAUUAUUUUCUUUUCUCAGAAAGAAAAAAAUAAUCCACUACUUCACCCUCUUGUUAUCCAACAAAAUCAAGGCAACCAUUUUUUUCCCCUAAGUCUCUUUGGCUAAACCCUAACUGUAUUUUUUUUAAAGAGAGUAUAGAAGAAUCAAGAAGAAAAAAGAAUGAGCAGCCUUGAGGAAUCCCUGAGAUCUAUGUCGUUGGAUUUUCUAAACCUUUUAAUUAACGGUCAAGCUUUCUCCGACGUAACUUUCAGCGUAGAAGGUCGUCUAGUCCACGCCCACCGUUGCAUCCUCGCCGCUCGGAGCCUCUUCUUCCGCAAAUUCUUCUGUGGGACCGACCAACCACAGUCCUGCAUAGACCCGACCCGACAUGGGUCAGUACCCGCUAGCCCAACAAGAGGCUCCCAGGCCCCAGCUGGAGUCAUACCAGUGAACUCAGUCGGUUACGAGGUGUUCUUGUUGCUGCUUCAGUUUCUUUAUAGCGGACAAGUCUCCAUCGUGCCGCAGAAACAUGAGCCGAGACCGAACUGUGGCGAAAGAGGAUGUUGGCACACGCAUUGCUCAGCCGCCGUGGAUCUUGCUCUCGACACUCUUGCCGCUUCUCGUUACUUCGGCGUCGAGCAGCUCGCCUUGCUCACUCAGAAACAACUAGCAAGCAUGGUGGAGAAAGCCUCCAUCGAAGAUGUAAUGAAAGUGUUAAUAGCAUCAAGGAAGCAAGACAUGCAACAACUAUGGUCGACUUGCUCUCACUUAGUCGCCAAGUCAGGUCUCCCACCGGAGAUUCUUGCCAAACAUCUCACCAUAGAUGUCGUCGCCAAGAUUGAAGAGAUUCGUCUCAAAACAUCAAUAUCUCGACGUUCACUAAUGCCACAUAACCACCACCAUGAUCUCACCGUCGCUCAAGACCUAGAAGAUCAAAAGAUUAGAAGGAUGAGACGUGCCUUGGAUUCAUCUGACGUUGAGCUAGUGAAGCUAAUGGUUAUGGGAGAAGGACUCAAUCUUGAUGAGUCUUUGGCCUUGCAUUACGCUGUUGAAAGCUGUAGUAGAGAAGUUGUGAAGGCUUUGCUUGAACUUGGUGCAGCCGAUGUGAACUACCCGGCAGGUCCCGCGGGGAAAACACCGUUACACAUUGCUGCUGAAAUGGUCUCUCCCGACAUGGUGGCUGUUUUGUUGGACCACCAUGCUGAUCCUAAUGUUCGGACCGUUGGUGGAAUCACUCCUCUUGAUAUCCUUAGGACGUUGACUUCAGAUUUCUUGUUCAAGGGGGCAGUUCCUGGAUUGACUCACAUUGAACCGAACAAGCUUAGGCUUUGCCUUGAGCUUGUUCAGUCCGCUGCAAUGGUGAUAUCUCGAGAAGAAGGAAACAAUAGCAACAAUAAUAAUAAUGAUUACAACAACCCGAGUUACCCUCAGAUGAAUGAGGAGCACAACAGUGGAAGUAGUGGAGGAAGUAAUAACAAUUUGGAUUCAAGGUUGGUGUAUCUCAAUCUUGGAGCGGGUACGGGUCAGAUGGGUCAGGGUCGGGAUCAUGGAGACGACCAAAACAGUCAAAGGGAAGGUAUGAGUCGGCAUAAUCAUCAUCAUCAUCAUGACCCGUCUACAAUGUAUCAUCAACAUCACUUCUAGUCCUCUAUUUUGGUCUCUAUAUAUUGGCCAUUAAGACUCACAAUAUAUAUUUAUUAAUUUAGCUCUUGUAUCUUCUAUAUAUUUUUGUAUAUGGAAAUGAAGACAUAAGGAGAGUAUGAAGAAGAGUGAUAUGGAUGAAUUUAAGACUUAGGGUUAUUUAAUCUCAAGAGUUGUAUUGAUUUGUCAUUGCUCAAAGUUUCCACCAAUUAGUAUCUUUCUAUCAUAA